AGCUCACCUUCCAAGGGCAGUCGAUUGGUGCGCAACGUUUCAGUUUGUCCGUGACCGUCGACCGCGUCCAACAUGGUCAAGUGUGUGCUUCUCUGCCUGCUGGUGGGCCUCAUUGGCAGCCAGGCCCAAACGCCAACCCUGCUCCGCGACACCAUCUGGGGCGAGUUUCCCUCGGUGGUGCGGGUGAAAACGCCGCGCGAAAAUCAGUUCUGCCUCGGCACGGUCAUCAACAGCAACCACGUGCUGACGUCCGCCUUCUGCGUGCUUAGCUACGAUCGGAUGCGCAUCUUCCCGGCCCGGCUGGUGCGCGCGAUUGGCGGUGACAUUAGUGUGACGCCGGCCGCGAUCACCCGGCAGACGCGCACCGGGCAACACAUCUUUGUGCACGAAGACUACCGACCGCAUACGUACGAGCACAAUCUUGCCAUUAUUCGUCUUGCCGAACCCUUCCACCUGCCGAGCAAUGCGAUCGAGGAGGCCGUGAUACGGAUGCGCAUCGUGCCCGAGCAACAUCCGUGCGAUGUGGUGACCUGGUACAGGGCACCCGGCACGGAGGGUAACCCCAGCCAGGAAAUGCCACGCCAGCAGGCGUUCAACGUGAACAUCCGCAACCGGGAUGUGUGUGCGGCGGAACGGCGCACCGAGUUCACGCUCGAGGAAAACUCGCUCUGCACGUACACAACCACCACGAUCGGUGUCGUGCAGGGCGAUCCGAUGUUCUGUGACGGUGAGCUGACAUCGAUUCAGUCGUACGUGUUUCUUCCUCCGGUGACCGGGCAGCCGCAGCCGCAGAAUCAACCGAAUCUGGUAUCCACCCAGGUGCGGUUCUACCUGCACUGGAUACACCUGCAGCUGAAUCGUACCCAACCGAUGCCGGGCGGGUGGAAUCCGGUAGAGUACUAGCAGGAGCAGGGGAGGAAGUUUUAGAUACAAUAAAGCUGUUUUUUGCCUUGCACGGUUUACUA